GGGAGGGUCCUGAAACCGGAAGCCGGAAGCCGGAAGCCGGAAGCCAGACUGUGACGACGUGUUCCAAGGAGGUCAGAAUUACUGCCGCGGGCUGGCGAUAUGGAGCCGUUGUACCAGCAAACGAACAAGCAGGUCCAUGAGGUCCAGUCUCACAUGGGACGCCUGGAGACAGCAGACAAGCAGGCUCUGCACUUAGUAGAAAAGGAAAUACAAGCAAGCAUAGACCAGGUAUUCAGCCGACUAGAACGCCUGGAGAUUUUGUCCAGCAAGGAGCCUCCUAAUAAGAGACAGAAUGCCAAACUUCGAGUAGACCAGUUAAAGUAUGAUGCCCAGCAUCUGCAGACGGCUCUUAGAAACUUCCAGCAUCGGCGCUAUGCCAGGGAGCAACAGGAGAGACAGCGAGAGGAGCUUCUAUCUCGGACCUUCACCACUAACGACUCUGACACCACCAUACCAAUGGAUGAGUCCCUGCAGUUUAACUCCUCCCUGCACAACAUUCACCACGGCAUGGAUGACCUCAUUGGAGGCGGCCACAGUAUCCUGGAGGGACUGAGGGCCCAGAGGCUGACUUUGAAGGGGACUCAGAAGAAGAUUCUUGACAUUGCCAACAUGCUGGGCUUGUCCAACACAGUGAUGCGCCUCAUUGAAAAGCGGGCUUUCCAGGACAAGUAUUUGAUGAUCGGCGGAAUGCUCCUCACCUGUGUAGUCAUGUUCCUUGUGGUUCAGUACCUGACAUGAGCCAGCCAUGCCCAGUAGCUGGACGACAUUCCCACGAGUGAGAGUUUGUGAGUGUAUGUGUGCGAGAGAGCAAAGAGGGCUGUCCAGAGGCCGCCUUUUGAAAUGUACGCCCACCUUAACUGUGAAUACCACUCAGGAGUGAUUGUGAUCCAGUUUCAAACCUGUUUUUCCUGACGUCGUGGAGGGAGAGCUAGUGCCACCAAGAUAUGUGGUCCUGAGAAAUAAAAACAUCUCAGUUUACUCACCAAGGGAAAGAAGGGAUGACUUCGGUGGCUUUAGCCACACAGCUGGUGUCCACACCCUGGGAGGCUGCUACAGUGGAACCUUGUAUGUGGGACUGUCCACACUGUCAUCAUCUGGCCUUUGCAGCUUCUAGUGGGUCAGCGGGAGUACAAGUGAACAGAGAGGAAAGAAGCCUUGUUUUCUUGUGCCCACUGUAGGUUGAUUCAUACGCUUUCUUCUUGACACCCUCUCCACCCCUUCUCCUCAAAAAAUGACACAUAGAUGACUAACUGCUGACACUUGUCAUCCUUCCCUGGAAGCAGCUACCCAGGGGAAGCAGGGACAGGAAGCUGUUGCUGAUAACAUGUAAGCUUUUCCACACCACAGUUGCUAGGUGUUUGUGCUUCCUGCAGUGAGGCAGAGUAGUCCCUAGGAGUACUCAGGCUGGAGACAAGGGGCCUGAGUUACUGAUUUUUUUUCCAGUUGUUAGUGAAAUGGUUGACUCUUGGCUUUAGAUGCAUUAGAAAGUAGCAGUGAGCAGAGGUAAGCGGUCUGUCAGUUAUAAUCUCAUCUCUAACAGCUCUUUAAUUUUUGCCUCUCUUUCACUUGAAAUACAUUAGCAGCUGCCAGCCAAGCCCCUGUUCUGCUCAGCCAGAGUAGGGUACCCUGUAGAUGUUCCAGGUGUGUAUGUCCUUAUAAGGUUUGCAGGGACCAAGACUGUUCAUCUUCAGCGCUGCUGUGGGUCAAGGCCAUACCAGUACCCACUGCAUUGCAGAGUUUAUUAUAAAGUCAGUCAAUCUCGGAAAUCAAAUCAAAUGUGAUUAAUCAAAGUACUGGCGAGACCUGGUCAUUUGUUCAUGAUAGUAGACUCAUGGCAAGACAAAAUGACACUAAGUUUCCUAGAAGAAUUGAAAACCUGGUCAGUAUUAACCUUACCUUUGAUUGCCUUAUCCCACUUACUACCCAUGUUUUAUUCCUUUUUCCUUGAAUUUUCUUCCUCUUUAUUGUAUGUAUUCCAUUCUACCUCCCUUACCUGUUUCUGUAGCAUUAUUGUUCUUUUCAGGCACAUCUGUGACAGAGUUCCCCCUCUGGUGGAUUUCCUUAAUUGUCACAGUUUUUAACAUGAGUUUCCUGGGUAUUAAUUUCACACCUCUGGUCAGAUAGGAUAUCUGUUGCUCCUAAUUUGGACCAAACAAGAGCCUUAGGUUUCCAGGAAGAAAGCAUCUUGGCCCAUUUUAGAAAAGAUUGACAAAUCUACAGAAUGAAAACAGGGGUCUAGAGUGGGAACAGACGAACUGUAACACCUUCAAAACUAAAUCUCACUUUGAAUAAGCCACCAUCUGAAGUUUUCGUUUCACCUAACAGAGGUCUUGGAAAGGUGGAGAAUGGACUUUUAGACUGUACAGACUUGGCUGCCCUGUUCCCUGGAAACUUGAGGAUCCUCCCAUACGGUACACUUCGGAGGAAGGUGCGAAGUCACAGCUGAGACAUUGGACUUGAACUCUGGGAGGCAGCAUCUUCUCCAGUCGCCUGUCCUUUGGCUGAUAGGACAUCUUUUGGUAGUGUUUGUUUCCACACUUGCCUUUAUAGUGAUCAUUAGCCUUGAACCUUCAUGCUGCCUUUUCAAAGCCAGUUUGCCCUACUUUGGAAUAAAAUUUAUGAACAUUG